AUGGGAAAACAUCUCUUCGUGCUCGUGCACGGGCUGUGGGGCAACUACAAGCACAUGAACGCAAUUAAAGACGUAUUUUCCGACGCACUUCAGGAAAGUGCGGACAUUCUUUUCUUCUCGCCGCGACAAAAUGGAUAUUUCAAGACCUUUGAUGGUAUUGAGAUCGUAGGGUACCGCACACUGUUGGAAAUAUGUCAGUACAUUGAUACUUUCCCAUCUGGAGAGAUAACUGAUAUCAGCUUUGUCGGGUAUUCGAUGGGCGGGCUGAUCGCGCGAUUCAUCGUGGGCAAAAUGCUUUCUGAGUGCCACGAGCUGUUUCAAAACAUACAGCCACAAUUAUUCAUUACUUUUGCAACACCCCAUCUUGGUGUUCAUUUUCUGCUGCGAGAACAUCGCGCAGGACAUCACCGUGCGAUUUCGCGGAUUUUGUCCACUUUGGGCAGCACAGUACUUGGCAGAACUGGUCGACAGCUAUUCAUUCAGGAUAGUUUGCCAAACAAGUCUAUCUUAGUGAAGCUGAGCGAAGGGGAAUAUUUAGAAGGUCUUGGACGCUUCAAACACAGAAUAUGUGUGGCCAAUGUCAAAAAUGACCGUACCGUGGCCUUCUACACGUCUUUCAUAGCAGACAGAGACCCGUUCUUAGAGACUGACAACCAAAUCAAGUACGAAUUCGAAAGAAAUCUUCCGGGUGAGGAUUUGUGCAUGGUGCCACGUAUUAUCGACAUGGCGAAGUUGGAUCCUGCUUCUUCAAGGGCUCCACCCGACGGUCCACAUUUGUCACACUGGCUUUUCAUUCUGGUUAUUUGCUGUGUUCUGACAUUUGUGCUGCCUCUCAUUUUCGUGGCCAACGUCUUGGGUACAUGCUACUCUUAUUUGGCGACUGUUCACUACCAAAACUUGCUACAUCAAGGCGAGGGCCGCGUUAUCUUGCGUCGCAAGCUGGGAUUACGUGAUAAAAUUGCGGAUUCACUGCGCGACACGGUGGGUGUUAUUGCGAGCGAUUACGAAGACAAUCUGGGAGCCGACAAUGGUCAGACCAUUGUAAGGGCGGACACAUCCUGGGAGGAUUUUAUUGCUAAGUACACUAGCGACUGGCAAUCGGAGCCCAAGGCAAGAUUUCACAAAUUGAAGUUCGAUGAGCAACGCAAGCAAAUCUUUUCAAACCUGAACAAAGUCUCGUGGAUUCGCAUCCCACUCUACGUUAAGGCUCUUAAUGCGCAUGACGGCAUUGUUGCAAGAAAGGGCGUCAAGGCCGCAACACCGUACAGCAUAUCGGGUCUUCAAUUUGUUGCUCAAAUGGUAAGUUUUCUGGUCUCAAAUGGCUGA